AUGCCAUCACUGCUAAUUUGGUCGGGCAUGGAAAACAUCAAAAUCCCUUCACCAUCCACCAUCUUAGACCCCCAGCCCGCCAUCCCCUCUACUAGUGGACUUUCUAGGCCUCUCAGAUCUCCCACCACUAAGAAGCCAGUAUCAGGAGAGACCGCCACAAACGCCGCCAUCACUGGAAAACCCAAGCAAUCAAAAAGCCGUAACGGGACCCCGUCGCCUCCUAAUAGAAAGGCGAACCUAAGUUUUUCAACUUCUCCAGCUACAGAACACUCAACAGCACAAGUGAAUAAUCAAACAGCUGCUCCACAGCCUCUUCCAUCGGAAACUAGAAAUCUUGCCCAACCCCUUACCCUUGCCUCUCAAUUGAAUGAUUCUCCCCUAAGUCAGUUGAGUAGGCGUCGCGUUACACAGAAAAAUCCUACUCUCUGCACAGACGACCUGCUAGACGAUACGAACUUGGGACAUAUUGAUGAAGAUAUAUUCGUGCCAUCUUUGGCAGAAAUCGCACCAUCAGAUGAUUCUCCAUGGCCAUCAGAUAUCUCACUCCCCACAGUUGAGUUUGAUACAAGCCCUGGAGAGACUACACUCGCGGUCCACGGAAAAGAGACCAUCGAUGAGUCCGAUGACUUUAGCUUCGCUGCCUUGCUAGAAGGUGAUAAUGACGAUAUAGAAGAAAUCGUGCGACAGUCCAGCCAGCUUAGCCCAGGUUUGUUCGACUUCGCAGGAACGAGCGUGUCCCCACGGUCUGGAGAUGCGAACAUUAGCCUUGGUCUAUUCAGAGAGCCUACUAUCGCUGCUGGUAGCCCUGAGAGGUUGAUCUUGCACUUCGACCGAUACACAUGUGGAAUUCUGUCAGUGAAAGAUGGCGCCCAUGAAAACCCGUGGCGGACGUUGGUAUGGCCACUGGCUAAGGACACCCCAGCCUUGUACCACGCAAUAUUUUCUCUAUCGGCCUUUCAUUGCAGCAAGAAGAACCCAUCCUUGAGGGUUCACGGGGUAGAUCACAUGCGUCGAAGUAUCACGUACAUGGUGCAGGACAUACAAAAUAUGAGAGCCGAUGCCGCUUUGGCUACAAGUUUAGCCCUAGCAUUUGCCGACACAUGGGACUCACACACUCGUUCAUGUAUCCAGCACCUACGAGGAGCCAAAGCAUUAGUGUCGCAAGUGGUAGGACUCGGAUUACAACCCGGUUUGUGCGCAGCGGAUCUAGAUAGGAUUCGGUUCCUCUACAACACUUGGUUGUAUAUGGAUGUGAUUGCACGCUUGACAUCUCUGGAGGAAUCUGGGGAUCAAGAUAUUGAUUUAUCCAUCCUGCAGCUUCCUAGGGAUGCGGUGCACGAGAUUGACCCUCUUAUGGGCUGCGCCACUACACUUUUCCCACUCAUAGACCGUGUUGCUCAAUUGAUUCAACGAGUGCGCAGGACGAAUUCCAACUCGAUAUCACUCGUGUCCGAGGCUAUUGAGCUGAAACGACGCGUCGAGCAGUGGGAACCCCCGGACUGGUUUGAACCUCCCGAAGACCCAACUUCAGAAGUGCAACAUAGUAUACAGAUCGCACAUGCUUACCGCUGGGCAACGAUUCUGUAUCUCCAUCAAGCUGUCCCAGAGAUGCCUUGUGAGCCAGCGUCAGAACUCGCCAAGCGAGUGUUACUUCUGCUGGCCACAGUUCCCCCAAGCUCUCGCACAACUAUCAUUCAAAUGUUCCCUCUCUUGGCCGCGGGAUGCGAAGCUGAUCAGGGGGAAGACAGGCAAUGGGUGUUAAGUCGGUGGAAAUCCAUCCAGACUCGUCUCAUGCUGGGCUCGAUCGAUCGCUGUGUAGACGUAGUUCACGAAGUUUGGGCUCGCCGAGAUCAGUUCGAGGCCGAAAAGCAACGACGGCAGUUCCGAGGUGCUGGUCGUUCCAAUUCUCUUGACGAUCGAGAAACUAUUGGAAGAAACGGAUUAUCUUAUGCGAGCAUUGCAUCAUCUGAGGACUUAGAUAAUCCCACUCGUUUUGCUAAAGAGUCAUACAGAAGACCAAUCAUUGACGACUGGGCGAUAUCUUCCAGAGGACCGGGAAACCCCCGACGGAGUUCCGCAGUUUCUCCCUUGGAAAACAUCGAAUUUGAAAAGACAGUGAGAGGAAGACUACAUUGGGUAAAUGUUAUGCAAGAAUGGGGCUGGGAAGGCGUUUGGUUAUUCCAGGAGAAGUUACGGACUUGGGCUUAA